UUACAGAUUUUAGAUAAAGAAGCAGUGGAAAAAGUACAGGCAGAAAGAGAGAUUCCUGAUAUAAGGCCUGGAUAUAUUGUUCAGCUAAAAGUGGAAGUUCCCGAGAACAAACGAAGAGUUUCAGUUUUAAAGGGCAUUGUCAUAGCCAGGCGAAAUGCUGGUCUAAAUACAACAUUUAGAUUGCGUAGACUUGUUGCUGGUGUUGGAGUUGAAUCUGUUUUCCCCUUAUAUUCUCCGAACAUCAAGGAAAUGAAGGUCUUAGACAAGAAGAAGGUUAGGAGGGCAAAACUUUACUACCUCAGAGACAGGAUGAAUCCACUUAAGAAAUGAAAGUGUUCUUUGAGUCAUUUCCUUUAUCGUUUGUUGGUCGACCUGUUGAGGAUGUUGUUCAUAAUUUUGUCAAACGCAUUCUAUAAAUUGGAUGUGCUCACUGUAACUUUGAUCAGGAAGCUUGAGUGUUCAUUUAUAAUCAGAGAUGGUCUUAAAAGGGUACUGCAUGGUGGGCCUAAAUGUUGAGUUUGCUAUGUUUCUCAGA